AUGUCUGCCGAGGGGGAAAGGGAAGGCUUAAGUUAUAGGUUGAUUGGAACAGAGGGGAACAUUGGAUCGUGGGGUCACGAAUAUGUCAGGAAUUUAGCGGGAGAAAUUGCCCAAGAGUAUACUAAGCGUCAGAGUGAGGAGGCCCCUAUUGACGAUUUAAUGGAGCUUGUGCAGCAAAUUGUUGCUUUUCACAUGAAGCAUUAUGCAGAAACCGAAGCUGUUGACCUUUUAAUGGAUGUUGAGGAUCUUGAUCUUUUACUUGAGCAUGUAGACAAAGCAAAUUUCAAGAGGAUGUGCAACUAUCUCACAAGUGCAGCAAAUAUGUUAAACAAAUAUUUACCUCAUGUACUGAUCUGCUAA